AUGCAGUUCCUCGACCUAGCUCCUGAGCUAGUCCACCAGAUCUUGCUCGAAGCCAUCCUUACUCGUGGAAUCCAAAGGUCUUUCAGAUUAAGACUUGUAUGCAAGCGAUUUUCUCAAGACGUGCAGUUCGCGCUAUUUGAAUCUCACCUUCUGGACGAUUGCCACACUUGGAAACUUCUGUCCUUCCCCUAUGUUGAUAGAAAUCGAAGGGUGUGCAAAUUUUGGCACUCCUAUCUCGUAUACAGAGUCCAAUAUAAUUCAGAUUCUUGCCCACCCCACUUUCGCCACAUCCAAAGACUUGUCGAAGCUCUCCGUGCGGAAACGGGAGACGACGUCAAAACCACAAUAAAAACUCUUUGCUGGCCGAUAUUAAGAAUAGCAACAGAUUGUGCCAAUGCCAGAAAGCCACAUUUGAUUGAUUUCAACUUUGGGUUGGAUCUUUUGUGUGCUGCAACAUGUCUCAAUUUCAUACCUGUUAUAAAACGUUUACUCCAAAGAGGAUACCCGCCACGAAGGAGGUCAACUUUAUUCCAUUCGCUUAUGAAAUUGGCUGCAUUGGCUGGAAAUAAACACCUACUAGAAUAUUUGCAGAAGAUGGUGAUUGAGACGCAAUCGAGUUGA